AGAAGAAACAAUAGCUUGAAAUUUAUCUAUUUUCUUUCUUUGUUUUUCAAUAUCCGAUGCUUAGGAGAAAGCUCUAGCCUUUCUCUUUAUCUCUCUCUCUCUCUAUGCGUCGAUCGGAAUCAAAAGUUUCUUUGUUUUUUGGAACUUCGAGGAGGAAAUCUCGAGCUUGGAGAAAUUUUGGUGUUCGCUUUUGGAAUUUUAGGUCUUGGAGGUUGUGGAUUGUGAUUUGGAUCUAAAAGAGGUUGAAUUCGAGUUUAUUUAACGUAAUUUGUGAGAUCAUUCGGUUGAUUUUCAGCUUUGGCUGUGUAGGGGUGAUUGGAAAAAAUAUUCGAAUUUGAUUCCUUUGAAACUCGAAUGAGUUGGAAUUAGAUGGGGGAAGGAGAAGGAGGUGAGUUCCCGCCAAAAAAGGUACAAUCCGAUACGGCAGGUUUUCCGGCGAAGAAGCUUGCAAGGCAGCUGGAUUUCACGGCCGGUUUUGGCGGGGUUUCUUCUGGUGGUGUAGUUUUACCGGAACACCAGCAAUCGAAGCUAGAAAUAGGUGUCGCUACGCUUUCGGCUGCGGCGGCUGCUACAGUUACUCAGCAGCAGCAGCAGCAACAGAUAAAGCUACCGCAGACGGUGGCGACCUCUCCAGUGGCCCCUGUGCAAGCUCCUCUUACUACAGAAGCGUCGAGAGUUCUAAAACCAGAUUCCCCAAAAGUAAAACCAAGAGCAACUGAACUCAAAGAUGGUACUCCAAAGAAGCAGAAGCAGUGCAACUGUAAACAUUCUCGGUGUCUGAAACUGUACUGUGAGUGCUUUGCAUCUGGGGUAUAUUGUGAUGGGUGCAACUGUGUUAAUUGUUAUAACAAUGUUGAGAAUGAAGCUGCAAGGAGAGAUGCUAUUGAUGCAACUUUGGAGCGUAAUCCAAAUGCAUUCAGGCCAAAAAUUGCUAGCAGUCUGCAUGGUGCACUGGAUAGCAGGGAAGAUCCUGGGGAAGUUUUAAUAUUGGGAAAGCACAACAAAGGAUGCCACUGUAAGAAAUCUGGGUGCCUUAAAAAGUACUGUGAGUGUUUCCAAGCCAACAUUCUCUGCUCUGAAAACUGCAAAUGCGUGGACUGCAAAAAUUUUGAGGGUAGUGAAGAGAGACAGUCUCUGUUUCAUUGUGACCGUGCCAACAAUUUGACAUAUAUUCAGCAGGCAGCUAAUGCUGCCAUAAAUGGAGCUAUUGGCUCCUCUGGUUUCGCUUCCAUUCCAGUAUCUAAGAAGAGAAAAGGCCAGGAACUGUUCUUUCAGUCCACUUCCAAGAAUCCAUCUGUUCACAGGCUUGGAAACUUCCCGCAGGAAACUCAUAUCAGAGCUUCUGCGCCCUCUUCUGUGCCAGUUUCCAGUUCAGGUACAACUGCUGCGGUAGGCACAUCAAGAUUCACGUAUAGGUCUCUGUUAGCGGACAUCAUUCAGAAGCAGGACUUGAAGGAGCUCUGUUCUGUUUUGGUAGUUCUAUCCGGAGAAGCUGCAAAGACACUUGCAGAUCAGAGAAGUAUGAUUGAAAAGCUGGCCGAAGAUCAGACCGAAGCCUCCCUUGCAUCAUCCACUCAAGACAGGCUGGAAAGCCACAAAGAUUCCGACGCUGAGAAAACCAUGGCUGAUGAUUGUUCAAGUGCAAACCAAACUGAUAAAGCUGGCCGUGAGGAUUCCUGCUCAGAUGACGCUGAUACGCCAAAGCAAAGGCCUUUGUCUCCAGGAACUUUGGCUUUGAUGUGUGAUGAAGAAGAUACAAGGUUCGUGGAAGCUCCCUCUAAUGGAAUCACAGGCAACGGCUGCAGCACAUCUUCACAGAUGAUGGAGAUUUAUGCAGAGCAGGAAAGAAUUGUUUUGACAAAGUUCCGGGAUUGUCUCAAUAGGCUUAUCACUUUUGGAGAAAUAAAGGAAACACAAUGUUCAUCAUUAGCUAGAGCAGAGACAGGUAGUCAAAGAAGCCUCGGUAAUAAAACUGAAAUUGUCAGAAACGAGACUGGGAAUCGACAAGGAUCCGUUACCAAUGGAGUUCUGGAAAAUUUUAGUCUGCCUACAGUAAAGACAUCUCAGACGGCUGCUGCAGUAGUUGCCGCUGCUAACAAUGAUCUUCAACGGUCUCCAUCCCUUCCUGAAAACAGGGUUGCUAAAUUGAAAAACGAAAAACAGAUGUAAAGAUCUAAAAUGCUGACAACUGGCACAAGGUAUUAUACUUCACUAUUGUUCCACCCUUUCCUCCAGAUUUGAUGCAAUGUAAAGGUAUUGUGGGCUUCAUUAUUGGAACUAACCGGUGCUCUGAUUAAUUUCCACCAUUAUCAAUAAAUUUAUAGGUUUUCCCAUAGCCUCAGCUCAUAACAGUAGGUAGCAAAAAAACGAAGAACAGUUUUUACAAUUCUUCAUGGAGUAUAUAUAGCUUAGAGUCCUUUCCAAGAGAAAAAGUUGAUUAAUGGUUAUUCGGUGAAAUGAUCGAAAAAAACACCUGUGGGAAUUAUUUCUUGUAUCUGGGUGCUAUUUGCCCAUCUAUUCUUUCAGGGACUCUUUUAUAGAAUGGAAUCGCAUCAACCAUUAAUGUAUUUUUCUUAUAGAUAUAAUUUUUCAUAGGUCACUGUUUAAGAAUAAGGAAAGGGUUUCUGAUGCUCUUUUUAAGAAUGUUACAUGAACCAACUAAGAUAGACCCGAGUCCAUGUUUCUCAUUGUUUAUAUGUACAGUGUUCUUCAGAAAUGAAAAACUUUGACUCUUUUUUAGUA